AUGUCAGAGCAGACUCGGCAGUCCGGCGCUGGCACCACCACUACCACUGUAGCGCCUGGCGAAACGCAGGGGCCACAGUCAGAUAGCCAGGCUGCAGAAGGUGCUGAGACCACGUCAGAGCAGACUCUGCAGUCCGGUGCCGGCACCACCACGACGACGAUGACAUCAUCAGAAAGCCGACGGGGUGGUGCCCCAUCUACUACCAAAACAACCAAUACAAAACAGCAGCAGCCCGGCAAAAAGCCUGAGCAGUCAAUUCCGGCAGGGGCUCAAGAGAGUGGUGCCGUGACCACAACGGAGUACCAUUUGUCGACAGAGCCAGAGGAAAUUGUUGAAAUUGGACCUGGUGGUUCUGGAUCUACCGACACGACAAGCCAGGCUCCGGCAGCUGUGAAGACGAGCACCAGAACUUCACAGCGGAUUGCAACAGAGGCAGCGGCGACCGAAGAAGCAGAAGCUGCCUCCUGGUUCCGGCCGGCCAGCAGUCCCUUGGAUGCCCACACUCUGCGCGAGCAUGCAGAUGCAGAUCAGCCGAGCCAAUGGAGCAAGGAACGACUGGAUGUGGCUGAAGGGAACGAAAUCAAGUUCGGUUUCUCACGCAGUGACCAGUGA